UGGAACUGGACACAAGCGGGUCUCGAACAACAUGAGAGGCAAUUAAACCGGGAAAAAACACUCAGAGCUGAAGUAGUUUCAGGGAAAAUCCACAUCCGUUGAAAGUAUUAAUUAGUGGACAUUUGAACUUUUAACAAAAAUCAUGAUUCACCUGUCAGCAAAGGCAUUGCUGUUGCUGCAGUUGGUGCAGGUGCUGCCCAUCCAGUCAUCCAAUCCUGCUGACACCCUUUCCAUUGACAAUGUGGAGCCCCUCAGCACCCAAUCCAAACAUAUUGACAGUCCCGUGGCCGACUAUAGCCCCAGUUCCGAAUACGAGUCCAGUUCCACCAAUGCGACAAGAAUUCUGCGGCGGGGCAAGCGUUAUCUCCAAUUCAGCAAGGGAUCACGUAUGUCGUGGCGUACCAACGGCAAGAACAAUCUGUGGAGAAUCAACACGCUGUACGCCUACGGCUAUGGCUUCCGCACCAACUAUCCCUUCCCGUCCAUCGAGGAGCAGAAGAAGGAUAAUGCGGUGUUCUUUCGCCUGUUUAAAAGGGACCUCUUCUCCAAGCUGGAAACCGCUUUGGAUGGACAUGGCUUUGAUGGCCGAGCUUGCAUGCUGAAAUCUUUCUGCACCGCCCUGAACGAUGUGGAUAGCCCGACACAGAAAAGCGGUAUGCUCUUCAAAAUGCUCAAAUUGAUAUUUAGUCGGGCCAAGCGAUAUUUGGAUAUUAUAGAAACCACUCGAAUGUUUGUGGGUAACUUUAGAGCCUUGAUUGAAAAUGAAUUAUUUAAACUAUAUUCCACUUUCAAGUUCCGCGUUAAUGUCAAGAACAAUGUGAUCAAAUCGCCGACUGUGUGGGCCCAUGGUUAUGGUUUCCGAGCCAAUACCCCGGUGUUGGUCAAACGGGAGAACAGACCCUUUCGCAGGGAUACCUACGAGUUGCUCCACGAACUGAUUGAUCAAAGUGGCCUGGAUGGGCGGGCAUGUGUUCUGAAAGCCUAUUGCACCGCCCUGGCCGGCGAUCAUGGUCAGGGCUUUCUGUUUAAGCUUUUGAAAUACGUGUUUACCCUGGAUGAGCACGACAAGCGACAUAUGCCCCAUCUACGGGAGGAGAACUGCGAACAAAUCAUGCACAGCCAUUGUCCCUUGAGUUUCGACAGCAUAUCGCCAUAUACGGACGAUGUUUGACAAUGUGCAUAUUAUGUGCCACUAUUUAUUGUUCUAAGCUAUGUAAAAUAAACAAAAUCGAGAUUGAAUUGCACAUGAAAACAUAAAUAUAAAUAUAAACAUAAGCCCGAAGGUUCUGAUUGCCUAAAAUAAUAGUACCGAUAGUAAAAUAAGCACUUUAAAAUGAUUGAAGCUUUUCCUGGGGCUUCUUUGCAUAGCACAUUCGCACUUUAUAAAAUUGUCAAUUUGGCAUGUUUUAAUAACAAAUUAAAAACUUAAUUUCUGCAAAGGCUAUACUUUUGGAUUAACGCGGCAUAUUAGGUUAGUGUGAAAAGAAACACAAUUUUAUUUGUCAA